AUGGGCCGGCUGAGGCCCUGGGCCCGCUACGGGCUCCUCCUGGUGGCCCACCUGCUGGCCCUGGGGCUGGGGGCUGCGGCGCUGCGGGCGCUGGAGGGGCCUCCAGCCCUGCGGCUCCAGGCCGAGCUCAGGGCCGCGCUGGCCGCCUUCCAGGCCGAGUAUGGGGCCUGCCUGCCGCCGGGAGCGCUGGAGGAGCUGCUGGGCACCGCGCUGAGAGCCCAGGCCCACGGUGUCUCCAGCCUGGGCAACGCCUCAGAGGCCAGCACCUGGGACCUGCCCUCGGCCCUGCUCUUCGCUGCCAGCAUCCUCACCACCACCGGUUACGGACACAUGGCCCCUCUGUCGGCAGGUGGAAAGGCCUUCUGCAUGGCGUACGCCGCCCUGGGGCUGCCGGCCUCCCUAGCACUCGUGGCUGCCCUGCGCCGCUGCCUGCUGCCCCGGCUCAGCCGCCUGGUGGCCUGGGUGACCAGGCCCUGGCAGCUGGCCCCGGCCAGGGCUGCGCUGCUGCAGGCAGUGGCCCUGGGCCUGCUGGUGGCUUCUGCCUUCGUGCUGCUGCCCGCCCUGGCGCUGUGGGCCCUGCGAGGUGACUGCAGCCUGCUGGGGGCCCUGUACCUCUGCUUCGGCUCACUCAGCACCAUCGGCCUGGGGGACCUGCUGCCCGGCGGCAGCCGGAGCCUGCCUCCGCUCAUCUACCACCUGGGCCAGCUCGCGCUCCUCGGUUACUUGCUCCUGGGGCUCUUGGCCAUGCUGCUGGCCGUGGAGACCUUCUCCGAGCUGCCCCAGGUCCGUGCCACGGUGAAGUUCUUCGCGUCCAGUGGGCCCUCGAUGGCUGAGGACCAAGGUGGCUUCCUAGGCCAGGACGAACUGGCGCUGAGCACAGCCCCGCCCGCGGCCGCCCCAGCCUCCGAGCAGGCCCCCGCGUGCUGACCGGGUGUCCGGCCCCCAGCUCGGCUCCUUAAGGCGCUGGGGGCGAGGCCGAGUGGACGCGGACACGAGGGCGGGGGGAAGAACGUGUCUGGGUUUACCAAAAAAAUAAAAUAAAA